AUGCGUUGCUUCGAACGCAUUGGUUGUGCCGAAACUGUUUUCGACAAGGUCAUCAAGCGAAGGAUUGUCAGUCGAACUGACUCUGGUUCAGAAAGCAACUUCAUCUCUGAGCGCCUGAGUCAACGCUUGAACGUCACUCGCCGAAGGGUGGAUGUCUCGGUCCUAGGGAUUGGUCAAGCUACUACUAAGGUUAAACAGCGGAUUACAGCUGAAAUUCGCUCCAGGCUCUCGGACUAUUCUCGUAAGAUGAGUUUUUUAGUCCUACCUAAAGUCACGGCGAACAUACCUACUACUACCAUCAACACCAGUGGCUGGACACUACCAAAAGGCAUCGAACUUGCUGAUCCAUCGUUUGGGGUAUCUGGUAGUGUGGAUCUCGUUUUAGGUGUAGAGUCCUUCUUCGACUUUUUUGACUCUGGUAAAAAGAUUUCGCUUGGAGAACGGCUCCCAGCUCUUCAAGAUUCAGUUUUCGGUUGGGUUGUCAGCGGAGGAUUCGCCGAUAUUGGUCAAGGUUUGCAAAUCAACUGCAAUGUAGCAACCAUGGAUACGCUAGAGGAGCUUCUUUGCCGAUUUUGGACUAUCGAAAAUGUAGAAUCGACCAACAAUUAUUCUCCAAAUGAAACGCGAUGUGAAGCCAUAUUUGAGGAUACGGUGCAACGCGGCACAGAUGGCCGCUAUACGGUUUCUCUUCCCAAGCAUGAAGACAUCUUGUCACGGUUGGGCGAAUCUAAAGAGAUCGCAUUCCGACGUUUUCAAGGUACUGAGCGAAGGUUAUCCAAGAACGCUUCCCUAAGAGAACAAUAUGUUGCAUUCAUGGUGCGUCAUAUGCGGAAGGUGGAAGUGGAUGAAACUGUCAAACGUUGUUUUCUUCCGCAUCAUCCGGUGGUAAAGGAGGCUAGUACCACCACUAAGGUUCGCGUGGUGUUCGACGCUUCCUGUAGCACUUCUUCAGGGUUAUCAUUAAACGACGCUCUACUGGUUGGCCCAAUAAUUCAACAGGACCUUCGCUCCAUCAUUCUCCGCUGUUGCACGAAACAGAUAAUGGUAGUUGCCGAUGUGGAAAAAAUGUUCCGCCAGGUUUUAGUUUCUCCCAUUGAUCGACCCCUUCAAUCCAUACUGUGGCGUUCUUCACCGAUAGAGGAGGUAGGUGUGUUUGAAUUGAACACUGUUACUUAUGGUACGAGACCGGCUCCUUUCCUUGCUACUCGUACACUUAAUCAAUUGGCUAUGGACGAAGGAGAGCGCUAUCCGUUAGCGGCCAAGGCAAUAGUUGAAGACACAUAUAUGGACGACGUUAUCACUGGUUGUGACAGUGUCGAAGAAGCCAUAGAAUUGCAUAGAAUAUCCGAGAUUAAUCGAGCGGUCUGCUCCUCGGAAGGUAUACGACUGGAAGAGGAUUCAACAGUCAAGACGUUGGGAUUAACAUGGCAUCCAAGUUCCGAUGUUUUUAGCUUCCAGUUCAAGGUUUGUCCAAUAAAUCCCAAUGAAGUCCUAACCAAACGCCAGGUUCUCUCAAUCAUCGCAACGUUGUUCGAUCCGUUGGGCUUCAUCGGUGCAACUAUAACAGCUGCGAAGGUGUUUAUGCAGCUGCUUUGGAAAGAGAUUAGAUUGGGAUCAACCGUUACCCUCAACGGUGGGUGA